UUUUAGCAAAUCUUAUGAUAUAGGGAAAAAGAAAACUAUACGCUAAGUUUUAAGAGUUAUAUUUUUGUUUCCUCCUUCACCGUUCACUGAUUUUUUAUUUAUCUCUUAGUCCUCCUUCUCUUAAUCUCCUCCUCCGCAUCGCCGCCGUGCUCUUCCCCAGCUCUUGCGGCGGAUAUGAUGAGCAUUGUCUCAAGUCAUCAUCACUGUCAACCAUCGGUUAUACACGAACGUUGCAGUAUAGGAACAAUUUCUAAGGUUUCUUGUUCGAGAUAUUGCGGUCCGUGUUUCUCUGGAAGACUUGCUUUCUCUCAUAGCCUUUGCUUGAAGACUACUACUUGUGGGAAAACUGCUAGGAGAAGGUUUUCAAGGAUUUGCAGUAUUGUGGAUGAUGAGAUGAAUCCAGAUAAUUCGGAUGACGAGGCAAAGGAAUCACUCGAUGAUAAAACUAAAAGGCAAGCGAAUGAUAUGAAUCGGGCAAAUCUUGAAAGAAUGGUUGGGUCAGAUGAUUCUGCAUUUAACGGCUUAGAUCUUGCAACCCUCAUCAGACAGAAGUAUGGAAAAUCUUAUGAUGUUCAACUCAUCAAGAAGGAGUUCAUGGGGCGGAAUCUUCUUGCAAUGAAUGUCAUGUGGAAGUACAGAGAACAGAGGUCUUUUCCUCUAACCGAAGAAGAAUAUAUUCUGAGACUUGACGAUGUAGCCAACAUGUUGAAAUGCUGGGGAGCAGUCUCCCAUAUCCGUAACAGCCUAGCAAAGUCGAAGGAGCGACCCCGGAUAGGGAAGGCUGUCAGCAUUUUCAUAGACAUGGAUUCGACAGGGGGACGAGCAAACGAAUGGAUUUACAAGUAAAAAUCGACCGGUUUACAGCUGCUAAACCAAGAAAGCAAAAGGUUUUGUCUCUAUGUUUAUCGUCAUCAAUUCAUUUUGAAGGCUUUUGGAAGGCUCUUCUGUGAUGGUGAUUUGCAGAAACAGAGGUUUUUGCUAUAUUUGAUGUCCAAAAUCAGGUAGUAUAUAUGUACAUGUGUAUUUAGUAGACACAAAUUUUUACAUGAACUCUCUUUGUAAAAUAUCUCCAUGUGUUGAAAUUGUAUCAUCUAUGUGAAUCUUCCUCGAUGGUUGUUAUGUGUAAAAGCAACCACAUGCUCAUUUUUUCUCAUUUGGGACCUUUGAGCCUGCUUUGUCCCAAAAAAAAAGAAAAAUAUAGCUUUGGGACCA